CGACAUUGGACAACAACCCACCUUGUAACCCCCAACACGGCACUCGCCAGCUAGUUACAAUGGAGGCUCUCACCUUCAACAUCAACCACGGCUUCCUCGAGGGCAUCGUCCGCGGAUACAAGGGCGCCCUCCUCACCCAGUCAAACUACAGCAACCUGACCCAGUGCGAGAACCUUGAGGACUUCCGCAUGCAGCUUGCCUCGACCGACUAUGGCAACUUCCUCGCCAACGAGCCCCUCCCCCUCUCGACUGCUACUAUUGCUGACAAGGCCACCGCCAAGCUCGUCGAGGAGUUCAACUUUGUCCGCACCAACGCCGUCGAGCCCCUCGCCAAGUUCAUGGACUACAUCACGUACGCGUACAUGAUCGACAAUGUCAUCCUCCUCACCCUCGGCACGCUCCACGAGCGCGACACCCACGAGCUCCUCGAGCGCUGCCACCCUCUCGGUGUGUUCGACACGAUGCCGGCCCUGUGCGUCGCCACCAACGUCGAGGAGCUCUACCAGACUGUCCUUGUCGAGACUCCCCUGGCGCCCUACUUCAAGGAGUGCCUCUCGGCCCAGGACCUCGACGACCUCAACAUUGAGAUCAUCCGUAACGCCCUCUACAAGGCCUACCUCGAGGACUUCUCGCGAUUCUGCCAGACCCUCCCAUCGCCCACCGACGAGGUCAUGACCCGCAUCCUCUCGUUUGAGGCCGACCGCCGUACCAUCAACAUUACUAUCAACUCGUUUGGCACCGAGCUCAGCAAGGACCAGCGCGCCCGCCUCUUCCCCACGAUCGGCCACCUGUACCCCGUGGGCAACAAUGCCCUUGCGCGCGCGGACGACGUUGAGCAGGUCCUCCAGGCCGUCGACUACGUGCCAGAGUACCGUGCCUUCUUUGACCGGGCAGGCACUGCCAACCAGCACUCUGCUGGCGACGACGGUGCCGACGCCGGCUCGAGUCUAGAGGACGAGUUCUUCAAGCAUGACGUCGAGCUCAACAAGCAGAGCUUCCUGCAGCAGUUCCAGUUUGGCGUCUUCUACUCGCUGUUCAAGCUCAAGGAGCAGGAGGUGCGCAACUUGACGUGGAUUGCCGAGUGUAUCGCCCAGGACGCUCGUGACAGGAUAAACGACUACAUUCCCAUUUUCUAGACAUAAGGCGGCCUCGAGACUCGUAGGCAAGAGCCAUGUAGUGUAAUGCAUAUGCAAGGUUAGGAUAGUGUG